UUUGCUUCGUGUUCAACUUUUUUGUGGUUUAGUUGUCCGAGUGAUUUUCUGACGAGGAAAAAAGUGAAAUGAGAUUUUCUCUUCAGAUCAUAAUUCCAAACAAUCAGCUGCAUAGAGAAACCCUAAUUUCAUGAUAAGAAACCCUUACUCUAUUUGGAUCCACUCCAGGUUUAAUUAUUGGAAAAAAUGGGAGACUCUUCAAGUAUUUCAUCUUCUACCAAGAAAUUACAAGUGCCAGGCAGUUCUUCUUCUUCGAGUAAAAGGUAUUCAGGAAAAUCUUUAGUUGCAUCUGUUCCGAAGAGAUUGAAGCGUAUACCUUUGCUGAAUAAUGGUGGGUUAAGAAAGGAAUAUGCUGGUCAAAUUGCUAUCUUUCUAUUAAAAGUUGCUGGUCUUGAGGUGAUUAGAAGGGUGUCAAAGGCUAAGUGUCCAUUUGCUUGGCGUGGUAUACAGGCGCUUCAGCUUCUUUGUUAUCCUCCUUUAAAGUGGAUAGAGAGAUGGGCUCCUUUUAAGGGGUUGGUUAUGGGAAUGCAGAAUUUGUCAAAGCCAUUAUUUUUCCUAUCAAUUGCAACAACUUUCUGUGAUCAGUCGGAGUAUUUUGAAGAGGAAAAUGAUGACUCCGAUGACUCUCAACCCUAUCCAGAGUCAUCCGAUACACCAGCAACCGAGGAUACUAGCAUUUGUGAUGAAACUCCUAGAGGUCAAGAAACUGAAAGUUGGUUGCUUCAAUUGCACAUGGAGCUUGAGAAGCAGGAGAUUACUUUACCAGAAAGGUUCAAUGAGGAUGAGCUUCAUAGAUUCUAUGCUGCAGCUAAUGGUAAUAUGUCAUGCUUGAUUCUAGCGAUCAAGAAGACUCUUCGUUGGAGGGAGACAUAUAAAAUCCUUUCAUUAGAAGAACUUGAAAUGUGGUCACGCUUGGUGUACUGGCAUGGAUAUGAUAUGAAGCUCCGACCUUGUCUUAUUGUUCGUCUGGGACUCGCUUGUUCCAGCUUAGCAUCUUCAGAUCGGCCUCGAUUUGCUCAAGCAAUUGUAUCUCAAAUUGAACAUGGAGUCCUGCACUUGAUCAACUUAGAAGAUCGGCAAAUUACGGUGAUAUUGGAUUGUGAAGGCUUAUCUCCAUUCAAGUUUCCCAUGCAAAUGAUGAGAUCUUGUUCUACCCUCAUGCAAGAUCACUACCCUAAUCGUCUUGGCUGUUUGUUUGUGAUACGGCUUCCUCCUGUGAUUCGAGUGAUCUCCCAGACCUUCAUUCAGGUUCUAAAAUCAGCGACCCGAAAGAAGUUGAGGUUUGAAGGUGAUAUGUACAAAAAAGUUCUUUUGGAGUACCUCCAAAACGUCCCAUCAUAUCUUGGUGGACAAUGUACGUGUCCCAAGUGUUCAAACCAUCAUAAUUACGAUUCCUGGGCCACUCGUCGGAUGGAAGAUUCUGGAAUGGUCGUCGCUGACGGAAAUUUCGCAAGUGACGAGUCUCUGUCCUUAGCUGGGGAUCAUGCUUACUAUGCCGAUGUUCACCUCAAUGACACUAGCUGUGAGCAAGUAUUAAGGACAGCUAUUAUUGUUCUCCUCAUGCUGUGGAUUUUUGUAUGUUUUCUAGCUGGGAUGUACGACUCCGACAGUGUCCUCCCUCUCUGAAAUGACGCAAAAAUAUCCACUGAAAACCUAAUCUGUUUCGCUUCUCUGUCAUUCAUUCCUUUAUAUUAGUACCAGGGAAAAAUUCUCUUUUUGUCUACUAUCAAUGGCAGUAAUCUUCUGGUCAUUCCUUUGGCCCCAAAAAUCUUAUAUCAUCUUAUGUACAGUUAGAAAGUUCUCUAAUGAAAAGGCUCCAUAAUAGUAGAUUAAAGAAGUGUGUCUAAUGCUUAAUGAAUGUUUUAGUGCAGUCAGGUGUCUAUAAUCAUUGUCUGCAUUUAUUGCUUUCUGUUAUGUAAACUGUCAUCAGCUGGUGUAACAGAAUGCCAGCUCAUGACAGCCUGUCUCUGUACGGAUUCCUAUAUAAAUAAUGACUCGAUCAUCAUUUCAAUCAAUGAUCAGAUUGUAAUUCUAAUCU